AUGGGGUAUUCCACUAGUGACUGGCCUCCAUCUGGACUUUGUGCCACUGAUCCCGUCACUUCGGUCCCCCUUGCUAUCUGCUUACCUAAGUCAGUAUUGUUCAAAUGCUGGGGUGAAGAUUUAAGGGAAGAGGAGCAAACUGUUGCACAGAAUCUGUUCUUAAGUUAUGGGUAUAAUGUUUAUCUCGAUGAUCAUCUACCUCUAGACCAACCUAUCAGAGUCAGUAGAUCUCCCCAGUUGUCAAAAAGUAUGAGGAUUAAUUACAUGGAAAAUAUAGUGGGCACCUUAUAUGCAAUUACUAGUAUAAUUAACAGAACAAUUUCUCAUUUAUUGAAAGAAAUCGUCCUGGUAGAUGAUUACAGUUCAAAUGGUGAUCUGAAAGGACCUUUGGAAACGUACAUCAAAAAUUACAAUGCAAAGCAUCCUGGACUGCCGAAGAUCAUCAGACAUCAAAAGAGACAAGGCGUAACACAAGCCCAGAUUUCUGACUGAAAGGCAUCGAGUGCAGACAUUGUUGCACUUUUGGAUGCCCAUAUUUCUGUUAAUUUUGGUAAGGCUGAACCUAUUUUGGCUAGAAUAAAAGAUCGCACUGUUAUGAUAUCACCAGUAUUUGACAAUAUUUGUUUUGAUGACUCUGAGCUUCUUCAGUGUUCAGUGGCUGCAGAUGGAUUUGACUGGGCAUUCUGCUGCCUUUAUGAACAUUUACCAGCUGAAUGGAAUAAGUUUGCAGUCACUACCAGGCAAUGUGGGGGUAAAGGAGAAAUGCUGCCCCAUUCAAGAAUCGCUCAUUCUGAAAGAGCUCACAGGCCUUUCUUGCCAGACUUGAGCAUCGUGGUGAAAUGCAAUGCCUUGCAGGUAGCCGAAGUGUGGAUGCAUGACUACAAGUACACAGUCUACUUUUCAUGGAAUCUUCCAAUUGAGCUGAAAAACACAUUGAAAGAAGACAUCUGUAUUGAUCACGGCCAUGUCCCUGGAAACACGCCAAUUAUGUAUCCCUGUCAUGCAUACUCACCACAGCACACCUUUUAUCACAGCACUAGAGAAAUGCAUAUAGAAGGUUUACGUGCCCAACAGAAUACAGUUGAUAGAUGCCUAACAGACCCUGGGAAUGCGGACCUGCCAGUUAUAGAGCAAUGUGACACAGCUGUGAAUAAAGGCUUGAACUUGCACUGGGAAUUUAAACAGGGAUCAGCUGUAAUCAACAGGAGCACUAAAAGAUGCCUUGAAAUCACAGCAGACAGUUCAUACAGACUUGUAAUGCCGACCUGCAUGGGACAAAGGUGGAAUGUGCAACACACAGUGAAGGACUGGGGAAAGACAAAAGACCUGCAACAGAAGACACAGCACUCAAAGCAUUGGCUAGAGGAGUUUUUUUCUUGA